AUGAAAUUGCACUCAGCAAAAGAACUGACUUUGAUUUUGUAUCAGCAACGCUGUUUUUUUCGUUCAUUAAAAGCAAAAUCAUCAAGAUUAUCAUUGACUACGACGUAUGAUAUAAUUAAACCUGAACCUGUCUAUUAUAAAACAAGUCGUUCGGUGCCCAAGGAUAUUCCAAGACCAAAUCACAUUUAUGGUUUAGAAAACGACUAUCAAAAUAGAUCAUUAAUUAAAAGUCCAUGGCAAUUGGAAGGAGUCCGAAUGGCAUGUCAAAAGGCGAGAAAUGUGAUUGAUACAGUAGCAGAAUAUAUAAAAGUUGGAACAACAACCGACACACUAGACAAAUAUGUUCAUGAAACAUGUAUAGCAUUACGUUGUUACCCUGCACCAUUGAAGUACGAUGGUUUUCCGAAGUCUUGCUGUACAAGUGUGAAUAAUAUUGUUGUACAUGGUAUACCUGAUUCGCGUGCAUUAAAAAUAAACGAUAUUUUAAAAAUCGAUGUUAGCGUUUAUUACAACGGCUUUUUUGGUGAUGUAAGUGAAACGUUUAUUGUGGGUAGUGAAUUAGAAGAUAAUCAUGACCAAGAUGCUCAUUAUUUAGUUAAUCAUGCUCGACGAUGUAGGGAUUUAGCUGUAGCUGUGUGUCGUCCCAAACAGCGAUUAUCCAUGAUUGGACAAGUAUGCGAAGAAUAUGUAAAAAAACACGGUUUAACCAUUGUAAAACCAGCAUGUGGUCAUGGAAUUGGCGAACAAUUACAUGAACCACCACAAAUCUUGCACUAUCUCGAUUUAAACGAUGAACAAAUGAAACUGGAAAUGUGUGAAGGAAUGAUAUUGGCCAUAGAGCCUGUUGUUUGUGAAGGAACAGGUGAAGUCGAAUUAUGUGAAGAUGAUAUUCAAGUAAAAACAGUAGAUCAUAGUCGGUGUGCACAGUUUGAACAUACAGUGGCUAUAACAGCUGACGGACAUGAGAUAUUGACUGAAGGGAAAUCCAGUAUUGAAAUGGCCAAUAACCAACAGAAACGAAUUAUUGUGACAGGGGGCACGGGAUUAGUAGGAUCAGCCAUUCGACAGGUUGUAGAAGCAGAAAAAGGGAAAUAUCAGAAUGAACAGUAUUUUUUUAUAUCCUCGAGUGAAUGUGAUUUAAGAAAUCGUGAUCAAACAGUAGCUUUAUUUCAGAAAUAUAAACCAACUCAUGUAAUUCAUCUGGCUGCAUUAGUAGGAGGAUUAUUUCGAAAUUUAGGUCGAAAUCUUGAUUUUUUUAGAGAUAACAUGCAAAUGAAUGACAAUGUUCUUAGUAUAGCACAUGAGUUUGGCGUAACAAAAGUGAUUUCUUGUCUUUCAACUUGUAUAUUUCCGGAUAACACAACUUAUCCAAUCGACGAAACAAUGGUACACAAAGGACCACCACACGAUUCGAAUUUUGGCUAUUCUUACGCUAAACGAAUGAUUGAUGUCAUGAACAGAGGAUAUUCUGUUCAACACGGGCGAAAAUACACAUCAGUAAUUCCAACAAAUGUUUUCGGCCCGAAUGACAAUUACAAUAUUGAAGAUGGUCAUGUACUACCCGGUCUUAUUCAUAAAUGUUAUCUAGCAAAAAAGAACAAUACACCAUUAAUUAUAUGGGGUUCUGGCAAACCCUUAAGACAAUUUAUUUAUUCACUAGAUCUUGCUAAAUUAUAUUUAUGGGUAUUACGAGACUACGACAGUAUUGAGCCAAUUAUUUUAUCUGUUGGAGAAGAAGAUGAAGUAUCAAUCAGACAAGCAGCAGAUGCUAUUGUAAAAGCAAUGGAUUUUAAAGGAGAAGUGACUGUAUCCUUUUUGAUCAGUAUAUUUCAGAAUGAUAGAGGUUUUACCGUAUAA